AUUAGUGCUUAUUCAAAUAGAAGGAUAUGUGUGUGUGUGUGUUUGGUUGGGUUAAGAAUGUGAAAAUGUGUUUCAUUUUCACGUAACGCGUUUAAAAAACAUACCAUAUGAAGCAUUUGUUAACCGUGGGUAACUUAGCAAGUUACCAAGUAAGUCUAGAGUGUUAUCAUACAGGGAUGCUUCAGUCCAUCUAAACUCAAAUGUUGCCUUGCAAUGCUUAUCAAGUUUAUUAAAAUUUAUUACAGAGUGAGUGUAUAAAACUGGGGAAAGCAUGCAGUUUUAACAAAAAGCCUCCACGGUCAUUAAGAUACAGUAUAGUUAGUGGUAUACUUUUGUUUCUUUUUAGCUCAAGUUGGGUGAUUCAUCAUUCCUGCAGCCAGUAACGCAGCUUGUGUUUUUUUCUCUUGUGUAAGCUGGUGAUUGUGUCACAUCCCAAAGUUUUCCGAUAAGGACUUCAUGAAUGGUGACAUGUGUUGUGUACAACCACUGUGCUCACCUCCUCCUUCGUGGCUCAGCGUCACCUAUAGAAGAUGGUGACCGGAAAUGAGCAGAACUGGGAUUUGUGAUCUCUAGUGCCUCUUUUUAAAAACGAAAGAGCACAAAGUUAUCAUUGUUGGGCUGGAUAAUGCAGGGAAAACUACCAUCCUUUACCAAUUUUCUAUGAAUGAAGUUGUACAUACAUCCCCUACAAUAGGAAGUAAUGUAGAAGAGAUAGUGAUUAAUAAUACACGAUUUCUAAUGUGGGAUAUUGGUGGCCAAGAAUCUCUUCGUUCUUCCUGGAACACUUACUAUACUAACACAGAGUUUGUAAUAGUUGUUGUGGACAGUACAGACAGAGAAAGGAUUUCUGUAACUAGAGAAGAACUCUAUAAGAUGUUAGCCCAUGAGGACCUAAGGAAAGCUGGAUUGCUGAUUUUUGCUAAUAAACAAGAUGUUAAAGAAUGCAUGACUGUAGCAGAAAUCUCCCAGUUUUUGAAACUAACUUCUAUUAAAGAUCACCAGUGGCAUAUCCAGGCAUGCUGUGCUCUUACUGGCGAGGGAUUAUGCCAAGGACUGGAAUGGAUGAUGUCACGACUUAAACUUAGAUGAUCUCUACUGACUUCUUCUCAUAGACUUUAUAUAAACGAAGUGCUGGACUUUACCUGAAAGCUCCAAAAAUUAAUGGUUCAGAUAUAUUUAUAGUAAACUGAUUUAAACUUUUUCUAUAAGAAGAAAAAUUAAGACCACUUAUUUGAAAGCGAAGAUGAAGCCUCACCUUCCAAUCGCUUUCUCAUUAGUUUCUUCCAAAGCCAGGUCUUAAAGCUGUGAUUGACAUUUUUCUCCUAAUGAAUCCUCUCAAGACAUUGUGUAGCCUGUGGUAAGUACAAAAGGAGAGGAAGACAUUUUUUAAAACUUUAAGAGCUUUAUUAUCAGUAUAACCCUCUUUUGUUAAAUGUUCUCUUUUUGUUCCAUUAAGUCAAAAUAUAAAUCAGCACAGAUAUUCAGUUUCUGGUAUUUUAAAAUGUAAUGUUACUUAUGAAAAGUAUUUUGCAUUUGUGUAUGUAUUGUGUAUAUACCUCAACCUCAAGUUAAUGGCUUUGAUUUAUGUUCUAAAGAAAAGUGAAUAACAAAAAUUAAUAAUAUUCUUAAUUAUAACAAUAAUGAAAUGAAUACUGGCAUUGGUUUAAGUGCCAAUUUGUACUUUUCCCCUAUGCUCUCUGCAUUGUACUAAUCAACCCCCAAAAUCAUUGAGCUGCUCUUUAAAAAAAGAAAGAAAAAAAGUUUGACAUUGGAUACCUAUGUUUUGUUGUUCAAAUCACAUACAUACAAACAUGUAAUCCAAUGAGUGGAAUAUCUAUCAAGUUCUUAGAAUUACUAAUGGGCACAAUUGCACAUUGAGCAGUUAUCUGAUUGUUCCCUUUAUGAGACCGUAUGCCAUCUAAAUUACUGAGUAAAUUGUUAAUCCAUUAAUCAAUUAUUAACUGUGAUUAAAAUUACCAACUGAUUUUCAGCAUUAAUGGAAAACUGUUGUGUGAAAUGUCUAUCCAGAGAAGUGUCACCUUAUAAAUAUUAUCAAAUAAUUUAGCUAGAUUCUUCUUAAGUAUUAAAUUAUUUGUCAAGCAUUUAAAGUGAAUUUGAAAUGAAAAGUAAAGCAUAUUUUCCAAGCAACAAAGAUAAUUUAUUAAUUUGAACAUUUUUAAUUCUUAACUUCUGAAAUAGUUGGAGAUUUUUUAUUUCUAUGUUUUCUUUUAUCUUCUUAUAACACGUGAAUGUAUUGUUUGGCAAGUAUAAAAUACAAUUUUUUUUAGUGCUUUUAAGAAUUUGUUUUAAAAAUUGAUCAACAUAAUGCAUUAUUUUUUCUAAGAAAUAACUUGCCCCAAAACACCUUCUAUGUUCGUGUAGGUUUUUGUUUUUUUUUCAAUAUCUGAAAAGUCACAGGUAUUUCUGUUGUAUCUGUAAACACUUACCUAACUAAAUGUGUUCAGAUAUAUUCUUGAAUACGCAGUCCCUGAAAAUCUGAACAGUAAUCCAAGCUGGCAUGUUUUAGAAUAUUCAAGAAAAAAAUAAUUCCUUUUAAUACCAGCCUUUUAGAUUUUGUGAAGAUUUUGAUGAGGGAUAAACGUAUAUACUGUAAGCAUUGACAAAACUUUAAAAGUUCCUUUCUACAGAAUUAAAAUGCUCACUAUCUAAGUUCAACUCGGGCAUAGGAGAUGAUCAGUGUUUAAUGUUGGAUGUUUUGUGUUUUAUAUUUAUAUUAUAAUGUUCAAAAUGCAAGUAUAAUAUUUUAUUAUUUGUCAACUUUUACAAAAGUAAAUUCUAAAUUACUAAGCUUUA